AUGCAACCUUCCAACAGUACUCUGUCCAAGCGUCGGCGCUUCCAGCCCUCAAUCACCACAUACUUCCCCACCGAGUCAACCGCCUCCAACGCUACUGUAUCGCACAACCACUACUCGACCGCCACCUUCUCAGCCACUCCAGUGGUGCCAGCCAAGGUCCAAUCGUCCCUUCUCUCGGUCGGAAUGCGGGUCCGCAAGUCCGUGGCCGAUGGAUACAAGACCCAGAUCUCGCUGGAGAAAGAGAAAGCCGUGCCCGCGAUGAGCACACCGGUCGCUCAAACAUACACCACCAACGGGUACUCGGAGCUAGCUCCUUUCUCUGGAAUGGGCCGAUCCGCUGUCACCGAUGACGGAGAUGACUACUCCCUCCCGCCUAGCAGCCAGGAAUCGAUGGCAUCGACUGACUCUGCCCCGAUCAUGUUGAAUGGUCAGAAGAGACGCCUGGGUGGGGGAAAUGAUAUCUUUGCAGACGACGAUUCCGAUAUGGAAGAUAACCAGCUGUGGCGGGAUGUCCCUCUCGGACGAACCAUUCUCUCUCCAAGCCUGGGACAGCAGCGACGCCGCUUUCUUGCGAUCCAACGCAAAAGCCAGCUGAAUGAAACCCCGGGCAUGGACUUGGAUGACUUUGAAGAGGCUACCUUCCUUCGUCGACGUGAGGAGGUUGAUACCGACAGUCAGAUGGACUGCGUUUGA